CUUUGCGGCUGUCUCCCGGAAGGGAAACACGUGGGCACGGGGCAAAGGAAACAGCUAUCGAGGAUGAUGUCGGUGUACCUGGUGGCGGCCAAGAUCCUGGAUAAACUGCAUCGAAAGGAGGGGGCUCUGAAGACGCUUGUAUAUGACAGCAAAUACAAGAAUGUCCGUCAGCUGUACGCACUGCUCUGUGAGACCCUCCGCUACUCUGCCAUACUGGAGGAAAUUAUCACCAGCUCAGGCUUUCUCGGAGGGCAAGUGAAGAUGACCCCCAACCUGGCCAAGGUGGUGGUUUAUGACUUACUAUUUGGAAAGGGAGUGCAGUGUGGGGGCCGGUUGAAAGCGGUUGUCCUCGCACACCGGACCAGGUUGAGGGCAGAACUUGCACGUCUGAAAGUGAAAAAGAAGGUCAGCAGCGAUAAGGAUCUGGUGACUCCUGCAGGCGGUGCGGCUGUCGGUGCUGUGGUGCCACGUUAUGUCCGUGUCAACACGCUGAAGACUUGCAUCUCUGAUGUUGUUGCUUAUUUUAAGCGUCAAGGCUACACCUACCUAGGCAAAGCACGCAGUAUAGAAGAGCUUAAAGAACUUUGGCGGAAACCAGGGAAGAAGUUCCUGCAGGACCUUCAUGUUCCAGAUCUACUGGCAUUUCCUCCGGACACAGAUUUCCAUAAUGAUUCCUUAUAUACAGCGGGCCACCUUAUACUGCAGGACAAAGCAAGCUGCCUCCCAGCUUUACUUUUGGCUCCUCCAGUGGGUUCCUUUGUAAUUGAUGCCUGCGCUGCUCCUGGGAAUAAGACAAGCCAGCUGGCUUCCUUUUUGCAGAACAAGGGGAAGGUGUUUGCCUUUGACUUGGACACCAAACGUUUAGCCACAAUGAGCACGCUUCUGCUACGAGCUGGGGUAACGUGCCAGGAGCUAGCCAAUCAGGACUUCCUUACAGUCAAUCCAGAUGACCCCAAAUUUCAGAAAGUGAGCCACAUCCUUGUAGACCCAUCGUGUAGUGGAUCAGGGAUGCCAGACUUGGUGAGGUUGCUUACUGAUGAGGCAGAGCCCGAUCAGGUUAUGCGUCUGCAGGCUCUUUCAAGAUUCCAGUGCCGUGCUGUGUCCCAUGCCCUUCGUUUUCCAUCCGUGCAGCGUGUUGUGUACUCGACUUGCUCUGUCCACCAACAGGAAAAUGAAGAUGUAGUGUGGAGCACCCUCGAACAAAACCCAGAUUUCAGAUUGGUCAAUGCUCUCCCUUUGUGGCCAUUACGAGGAUUGGACACCUUCCCAGACUCCAGAUGCUGUCUUCGCGCGUCAAUGUCAGACACUCUCACAAAUGGCUUCUUUGUAGCUGUUUUUGAGCGCAAACCCCAACAAAAUGAAAGCCCCAUCUUGAUGACAAGAGAAAGUUGCCCUAAAGAAGAAAAAAAUGAAGAGGAAGAGAAUACAGAGUGUGGGUUAGUAAACAAUCCCAGUAUCCCACGGCAGAAGGAAAAAAAGAAGGUUCAGACGACUCAACAAGAAAGCUGCGCAAAGAAAAAACGUAGAAAGAAGAAAAAUAAGACUGCUCCUCAGUAAAUAAAACACCUGAAAUGUUUUAA